AUGGGCAAUGUCAAUGGGAGAGACGAUGUCAACGGUACUCCCUCCGAGACCGAAGGAGAAGAAGAAGAAGACGACGAAGGUUGUGCUGGUGCUGCUGACGGUGUCGCCGAUUGCAUGUCCGCCAACCCUGGCUAUCAUGCGCCUUCCGAUAUGAUGGGUCAUUCUCCCCCUGCUAGCCCUAGAGCCACCCAAUCUCCCUUCAUGUUCACCCCACAAGUUCCGGUGGUUCCACUCCAUAGACCUGAUGAGAUGCAUACUCCAAGCCCUUCUUGGAUGCAGACUACCUCAGGGUAUGAGGAUAUGUACAGUGAACUAGGAAUUCCAACGAUGAUUACUUGGAGUUAUGAUGGGAAAGAAGUGGCUGUGGAGGGAUCAUGGGAUAAUUGGACAACAAGAAUGUCCUUGCAGAGAUCAGGGAAGGACUUCACAAUUAUGAAAGUGUUGCCAUCUGGUGUAUACCAAUUUAGAUUUAUUGUCGAUGGACAGUGGAGGCAUGCACCUGACUUGCCAUGGGCUCAAGAUGAUGCGGGGAAUGCUUACAACAUUUUGGACUUGCAGGAUUAUGUUCCUGAAGACAUUGGAAGCAUUUCUAGUUUUGAACCUCCCAAGUCACCAGACUCUAGUUAUAACAACUUACAACUUAGUUCCGAAGAUUAUGCAAAGGAGCCACCGUCGGUUCCCCCAUAUUUGCAAAUGACGCUUCUUAAUGUUCCAUCAACGAAUAUGGAAAUCCAACCUCUUACAGCCAGACCUCAGCAUGUAGUUCUCAAUCAUCUUUACAUGCAGAAAGGAAAGGGUAGCCCUUCAGUGGUUGCCCUCGGUACAACUCAUCGAUUUUUAGCCAAAUAUGUGACUGUGGUGUUGUACAAGUCUUUGCAGAGGUAA